CAGAGGGGAGGACUUGACGAUUCGGAACCUACAUUUCGCCACUAACAAAAGCAAAUUUUUUUUACAAAUAUGUUUGCAAUAAACUAGAGAGGCAACUAUAUUUCAGCAGCGGCCGCACUCGUUGUUGGGGUGCUCUGCUGGGUUGGUUUGCAAUCCAAUGGUGCCAUUGCUGGCUGUGUGCGUGUGUGGAAUCUGCUCAUUUCCUGGUUGAGUCGCUGGGCGAGGCGCAGGCGUUUAAAAGAUGGAAGGAAACAGGGACGAAGCGGAGAAGUGCUUGAGGAUAGCUCGGAAAGCGCUGCAGGAUGGUGACCAAGACAAAGCGUUAAAAUUCUUGAACAAGGCGGAGAAGCUGUACCCGUCUGUCGAGGCAAAAGCACUAAUCGAUGCCAUCACCAAGAAUGGGAGUGCUGCUGGUGGUCCAGGCCGUCGCCCUGAACCGGAGAAACCCAACCAGGCCAAGUCUACGGGCCCAACUGAAAACGGGGCCGCACCAGGGAAGGAGAAGAAACCGGAGGCGGCGAAGGCCUACACGAGUGAGCAGUUGGAAGGAGUGCAGAGGAUAAAGAAAUGUAAGGAUUACUAUGAGAUCCUUGGGAUCAGCAAAGAUGCAUCUGAUGAGGAUCUGAAGAAAGCUUACAGGAAACUGGCACUGAAGUUUCAUCCUGAUAAAAACCAUGCACCUGGAGCAACUGAGGCCUUUAAAGCAAUUGGAAAUGCCUAUGCUGUGCUCAGUAAUCCAAUGAAACGAAAGGACUAUGAUCAGUAUGGUGAAGGCCAGUCCCCUGGGAGUUAUCAGCAUGGAGGCUUCGAAUUUCAUCGAAAUUAUGAAUCUGAUAUCACUCCAGAGGAUUUAUUUAACAUGUUCUUUGGCGGAGGAUUCCCUACAGGUAGUACACAGGCGUACUCCAAUGGGAGAGCAAGGUUUACAUCGCAGCAAUCGUAUCACCGGGCUGAUAGGGAUGAUGAGCGAGCAGAUGGAGGAUUUUCAAUGUUUUUGCAGUUGUUGCCCAUAAUUGUCUUGAUCUUGGUGUCUGUUUUAAGCCAAUUGAUGGUAUCUUCCCCACCAUACAGCCUCUACUAUCGAGCUGCUGUGGGACAUACUGUCAAGAGGCAAAGCAGCAACCUUAAAGUAGUUUAUUUUGUGAACAAAGACUUUGUGAAAGAAUAUACAGGUACGGUGUUACAAAAGGUGGAAAAGAGUGUCGAAGAAGAUUAUAUAACCAACCUUCGAAAUAACUGCUGGAAGGAACGGCAGGAGAGAAAUGACUAUCUUUACGCGGCCAAGGUGUACCGGGAUAAGCAGCUUCGGAAGAAAGCCGAGCUGAUGAAGAUGGAGAGUUGUGAGAAGCUAGCAAAGCUAAAUGAUCUGUAUCGGGGAGGCUGAGCAGGCAACAGGGUCUCGCUUUUUAAUUUAAAUGUUUAUUGUACAGGGAGACGAUUCAAUUUAUCAUUAUUUUAAAGAAAAAAUAAAUCUAAGUCUUGUAACCUUGAGAGCCCUGCCCUUUGGACUGAUUACAUGAAUGUCUGAUUAUAGCCAAAGCACUUUGCGAUGGCUGUGUGCAUGUGACCCCUUCACUUUAUUGUAUACAAUACAGUGUAUUCUAGAUUAGCUUUUUAAAAAAGCACAUGACUAUAGUGAAUACAAUUAAUGUCAGCUAAUACCAUGGGUUUUAUGAGCAUUGGGUCUCCAUUCUUAAUUAAGCUAAAUGCUUGUGUUGAUGUCACACAAGUUGGACCCCACACCAACUGAGCUAAUGACCCCAAUCCAUAACUGUGUAGUUGAAAAGAAUUUCCAGUCUCUCUGUUUAGAUUUUGUACUUUUGAAAUAUUUAGUGACUCUUGACAAAGUUAUCUAAUUCCAAUAUAUUCUUGAGAUGAAUUUUAAUGCAUUCCUUGGUUAUAAUGUCCUGCAAUUAUGGAUCAAUCCGUUUUUGAGAUGUGGAGAUUUGUUUUGGCAAGAUCUAUUAAUUGACCACUUUUUUCAUUUCCUAGUUAAGUAAAGCAAUGAGGUGAUUAUAAUAACAUAUUCCUUAUAUUAAGGAUUAUGUAGAUGUUCUUGGGAAUAAUGUCCACUGUUGCAUGUAUAGCAGUACAUAAACCUCUUGAUUUGUGAAUAUUGUACAGUUGUGAAGUAUUCUUGAGAUCUGCCUUUGUUUCUAUUGAGCUGUGUUUGAAGAUAACAAAUGUAUAUAAAAUCAUGAAGAAAACUGUGCAGGAUUAGGAUUUGUGCACUGUGACAUGUGCUGGGGGAGACUGGGCAAGGUGCUGGCAGGGUGAGGGAACAAAGUGGUUCCCAAAAUGAAAAAUCUGACUGCCCCCUCUAAUGAAUUGAAAAUAUAACUCUCCUCUGCAGUCCCAGUAUCUACAUAACUCAGAUAUUUAAUGGGCUGUCACCACAUAUAAAAUUUUACACUUUUUUUCAUGUACAACUAAUGCCUCGCAGGUAUCUUUCAUUCAGUCAACAAAUAUACCUAAAGGUGAUAAUAAGUUGGAAGAGCCCAUGGAGCUUGCUCCACUACUCAGUGAGACCGUGCCUGAUCUUCUACCUCAACUUGCACACACCCUCCGAGUCAGAGGUGACCUUGGUGCCCUGAAUCCAUCGAUCUGAAUGGAGAAAUACCUCCUCACCUCACUCCUAAACAUCUGAGCUUAUGAGGCUGUGACAUCCCCUUCAUCAACCCUGCCCAGAAGAAAUCUUCUAGCAUCAUAAACCCUGCCAAAGCCCUUCCAUAAAUUUGAUGAUUUGGUGAGAUUGCCUCCCAUUCUUCCAACCUCUGGAAAUGUAGGUCUAGUGUCACUGCUCAUAAAGAGGGGGGGAAAUCAGCCUUGGAAAAAUUGGUCCAGGUGUAAUUAUUCCUGUUGCAAUAUAGGGAAUCCCUCAUUCCAGGCUUCUGUGUUGAACCUUCAUCACACUCCCCUCUGAGGCAAGUAGGUCCUUCCUUGGUUAAGAGACCAGUUGCAUGUAACUGCAGAUGUGGUCUCGCCAAGGCCAUAUGAUUACAGUAAUAUUUCUUGCUCUUCCAGUCUCCUACAAUAAAAGUCCAACACCCACUUGCCUUCCCAAUUUCUUGCUAUCCUUGCAUGUUGAUUUUCCAGAUGCAGGGUCAUGACCCAAAACAUUGACCAUCCCUCUGCCUCCACAGAUGCUGCCUGACCCGCUGAGUUCAUCCAGCAGUUUUUUUUCUUUUGCUCCAGGUUCCAGCAUCUGCAGUCUCUUGUGUCUUUGUUAACUUUCUGUCUUAUACCAGAACACCUGGGUCCUCUGAACAGUCCGUUCCCAGUUCUGGCAUUUUAAAAAUAUUUUUCUAUUUUAACAGUGAAAGUGGGAAAGUUCAUACUAUUCCAUUAGCUACCAACCUGUCCUUUGACAAUGCUGUUGUCCAGCUACAGCCUCUGUAUCCUCAGGGCAUACUUCCUGGAUUUGUAUCAUUGGCCAACACGGAGACAUUACUCACAAGAAGCUGGAGGAACAUGGUGGGUCAGGCAGCAUUUGUGGAGGGAAUUGGACCGUUAAUGUUUAGGAAGGGUUUCGACCGGAAACAUUGCCUGUCCAUUUCCUUCUCAGUUGCUGCCUGACCUGCUGAGUUCCUCCAGCUUUUUGUUUUUGCUGAUGCUGGAAUCUGGAGCAACAGUCUCUUGUCACCAUGAAGAUAUUACAAUUGGUUCCUUCAUCCAGCUGACACUGUGGACACUUGAGACCCAGUACUGACCUUUGCUGUACCUUACUCGAAAUCCAAUCCACUUAUUCCUCCUGGUUUCCAAGUAUUAACCAAUUCUGAAUUCUUUUUACCUCUAAUAAUUAAAAAUUGAACACACAAGGCCUGACUUCUUGUCAUAGUGAAAUUAGUAGAAACAGCUGUUUUUAAUUGCACAUUUGAAUUGCUGAUUGUAAUAUAUAUAUUUAAUGUAUCUUUUCUCAACCUGCAUCAAAUAAAAGUUAUUUUAAGUGUGUAAUCUGGAUGGCUUUGAGUCUGGGCUCAGUUUGUUGCUUCCUGUGAAGGGGGUGGGUGGUUUGGUCGUCUCCUUUAUCUUGAAGGUUGUGACAUUCUAUUCUCCCUUCCAAUCUAUUGCCUCCAAAGCAGAUUGUGAUAAGAAUGUAAGGAACAGGAGUAGUCCAGUCAGCCAGUUUUACCAUUCAGUAAGAUCAUGACUCAUCUGUUCUUGACCUCACCAUCACUUUCCCCCACUUUCCUUUGACUCCCUUUAUACAGCACAUGAAACAGGCUAUUAAACCCAACUGAUCCACAAAGUUACUCUCAGUGUCACAGCUAU